AUGGACCCACAUGACCUCUGCAAAUGGCAAAACGGACCAUAUACCCGUGGAGUCUGGACGAAGGAACAAUCUUGGGAACCACAGGAUCGACUCUCAUCAAAUUCACUCACUCAUUCACACGGACACCCCAAAAUGAUAGCUGUAUCAUCGUCGUCUCUCCUCCUUCUUCCUUCUCUCUCGUGUCCUUCACUGCGACCCCAACUUUUUCAUCCCCAAAAAACCCACCUCUCCAUUCCCAUUUCCUGCCCAAAUCUCUCUUCAAUCCCUCUGAAACCGACCCUUCUUCGUAGCAGAUCCUCAGUUCUCGGAAGCAAUUCGAAUGACCCGAAAGAGACCGCGUUCCUGGACGAAAAUGGAGUCAUCGAUGAUAUGGAUGGGUAUAUGAACUAUCUCUCCCUCGAGUACGACUCCGUUUGGGACACCAAGCCUUCCUGGUGUCAACCAUGGACAAUAACACUGACAGGACUGAUAGUGAUUACCUGUAGCUGGUUAAUUUUACACUCAGUAGUCGUCACUGCAGUAGUUCUCUCUCUGAUUUGUGCAUGGUGGUACAUCUUUUUGUAUACUUACCCAAAGGCAUAUUCAGAGAUGAUUGCUGAGCGGAGAAAGAAAGUGACAGACGGUGUUGAAGACACAAAGGAUACUGCCCAUCUUUCCAUCGUGUUUAUUAAUUGCUGUCCCAUGGCAUCUACCAAGCCGCCCCACGGAUUGACUGGCUGA